UGAUCAGUUCUCCCUUUUCCACUUCGAACACUUUCCAUUUUCCUCAGUCAGUUCGUUAAAUUCAUCAAGAAUUAUGAUCAUCAAACUUGAAACCUCUCUGUGGUACAUAAGCAUUUUUUUAAGAGGAUUAUCUUUUUGGCCGCUACCCUCAGAAGCUUCAGUUGUAACAAAAACAAUAAACCUUGCUCACUUUAUGCUAAUAUUCUUUACUGCUACUUUAAUGUUUCUCCAAAUAUUCGUAUAUGUCUAUCAGAAUUCAAUAAGCUCGCAGUUUAUCGCCGAACACGUCAGUACACAGCUUGCAUUUCUACAAUUAACAAUCAAGGUGGUAAUGUACAGAAUUCAUAGAGAGAAGUUAUGCAAACUCUUGAUGGAUGUAAAUCAUAUGAUAAAGAAUGGUUCUCCACGCUUAAGAAACCAUCUUGAGGGGUACGCAAGUACUUGUAACCUUGUUUACCUGACAUACACAACUACAAUAUUCCUACUAGCUACAGAUUAUUUUCUGGUACCAUUCUUUAAGGCUGACAAAGAUCUGCCAAUAACAGCAUGGUAUCCUUUCGACUACAAACAAUCAACCUUUUACUAUAGUAUUGCUUAUUUACAUCAACUGUGCGUCAUUGUCAUGUCUUGGCUUUGCUCCGGAGUAGAUGUGACUUUUGGUCUCCUCGUAUUUUGUUGCUGUGCACGAUACAAAGUCAUGCAAGAUAUAUUAAAAAGUUUGAACCAGUCGGAAAUGGAGUCGAUGAAGUAUGAAGAAAACCACGGAAAAAAUGAAUGUAAUGAUAAACCGAUUGUGGCAUACAACAAAAAAAUAAAAAAAUUAGUGGACCUGCAUUGUCGAGUGUUCAAUUCAAUACGGGACAUAAAUGAUAUACAUACAUGGAUAUUACUGGUACUAUUUCUUACAUCUGUAAUAAUGAUAUGUUGCGCUGGAUUACAAAUUACAAACGUAGCUGAACAAUCACUCAAUUCGAAAUUUACAUUCUCUUGUCUGGUAUGCUGUGUUCUACUGGAAUUACUCUUUUACUUUGUGCCAGGUGAUAUCCUCGUCACUGAGGCGAAUGCUGUAGGGUUGGCAGCCUAUUGUAGUUCGUGGGAAUCAAUGCCACCCAACCAUCGAAAAUCUAUCUUUUCAAUUAUGUUGCGCUGCGCAGCACUACCAAAACUACAGGGCGCACGAGUGAAGCCUCUUAUUCUACAAAAUUAUGGUUCUCUUUUGGCCACUACAGCUUCUUACUUCACAUCUUUACAAGCUAUUGCUGGAGUUGAUGCAUCGAAAUAACUGUAAAAUUACAAGUCAUGGUUCUUAUGAGUCUUAAAUUGUUGUUUUAUUGUGGUUUGCAAAUAGCAAA